CCGCACCGGGCAGCAGAAGUUGCAUCUCUUCAGUCUUCAUAGAAAAACUGAAAAAUUUAAAUAAAACUAAAUAACUACAUUUUAAAAUUAUAAGUAAAUAAAAUCGUAUUUUUUAUUAUUUUGACGCAUGGCGACUUUCCGGAGGAGGAGAAAAUGGAACUGGGUUCAGAUUUCGGUUUUGUUCAUGAUGGUGGCUUCGGUUUGGGCUCAAAGUGUGAAUGAUCCGAGCAACAUGACUCUGGUGAAGGAAACUGUGGACCGACUGCUGAAGGGAUACGACAUCAGACUCAGACCCGAUUUCGGAGGUCCUCCAGUGAGAGUGGGGAUGAACAUCGAUAUUGCCAGCAUAGACAUGGUCUCAGAAGUCAACAUGGACUACACCCUGACCAUGUACUUCCAGCAGGCCUGGAGAGAUAAACGUCUCUCGUACUCAGAGAUUCCUCUGAAACUCACUCUGGAUAAUCGUGUAGCUGAUCAGCUCUGGGUCCCGGACACAUACUUCCUAAACGACAAGAAGUCCUUUGUUCAUGGUGUGACGGUAAAAAACAGGAUGAUUCGCCUGCACCCGGACGGCACGGUGCUCUACGGCCUGAGGAUCACCACGACUGCAGCCUGCAUGAUGGAUUUGAGACGAUAUCCACUGGAUGAGCAAAACUGUACUCUGGAAAUCGAGAGUUACGGCUACACGACGGACGACAUCGAGUUUUACUGGCGAGGUGAGAACAUUGCGGUGUCUGGAGUGGAGAGAAUCGAGCUGCCCCAGUUCUCUAUCGUCGACUACAACCUCAUAGCCAAGAAGGUGGUGUUCUCUACAGGAGCUUACCCUCGCCUGUCCCUCAGCUUCAAGCUGAAGAGAAACAUCGGCUACUUCAUCCUGCAGACCUACAUGCCUUCCAUCCUGAUCACCAUCCUGUCCUGGGUCUCCUUCUGGAUCAACUACGAUGCCUCUGCUGCUCGAGUCGCUUUAGGGAUUACGACGGUCCUCACCAUGACGACCAUCAACACACACCUACGAGAGACGCUUCCGAAAAUCCCGUACGUUAAAGCGAUAGACGUGUACCUGAUGGGCUGCUUCGUCUUCGUCUUCCUCGCCCUGCUCGAGUACGCGCUCGUUAACUACAUCUUCUUCGGUCAGGGACCUCAGCGGCAGAAGAAAGCGGCGGAGAAAGCAUCCAAAGCCAACAACGAGAAGCUGAGGAUGGAUCCUAACAAGUGGUUGAUGGGAAAUGUAGUUCAGAGAAACGAUGCUCUGUACGCCAGAAUGAAACCCAGGGAUAUUGACGCUCAUGACGCGCUGUGGGAGCCGAUCUUUGUGGACGAUGCGGCGAUAGGACUGGGUGGACUGGGUGGACUGGGUGGACUAGGCGAACAAAAAAAUAAGAUGGACCCUCAUGAGAACAUCCUCCUCACACCUCUGGAGAUGAAGAACGAGAUGUCGGCGUCGGAGUUGACUCUGGGCCUCGGCGACCCGCGCGGCACCAUGCUAGCGUACGAUAGCUCGGCGUUACAGUACCGCAAGCCCGGGCUCGGGCGGGGGAGCUUCGGCCGGAACGCGCUGGAACGUCACGUGGCUCAGAAGAAAAGCCGUCUGAGGAGACGUGCCUCACAGCUGAAGAUCACAAUCCCAGACCUGACCGAUGUCAACUCCAUCGACAAGUGGUCCAGGAUGAUCUUCCCCACAGUCUUCUCCUUUUUCAACAUCGUCUACUGGCUGUACUACAUCAACUGAGCGACACGUUCUUGUUCAUUUUCCUCGGAUUUUAUUACAUUUUUUUAUAAAUAGUGUUUAUUAGUAAUUUGUGGUUUAUUUACGUAAUUCAGUAUUGUUCUUAACACACACGCAGUACAGGGGUGUGUGGAGAGUGUGUGGAGAAAACAAGAUGCUAAAGCUCAAGGUUGCUCUCGAUGCGCUGGUAUUAGCUGCGUUCCAGACUAGCGAGUUACAGCUGCCAACUUUACGUUUUUUAUUCCGUUUUCUGUUUUAUGGAGAUUUUUUGUAAUUUCAGUAUCAGACAAAAUCCCGAGCGGAAGUGUUGAUUAGAAAAUUGGAACACAGCCAAAUCUUUGACUACAUUAUUAUAUAUAUAUACAAAAAAAUAAAUACGUUUAUGGUUCAGCAUUUUUUUUUUUUUUUUAUGACUGCCAACAGAAACAUGUUCAGACGUAACAGUCGAUUUUACAGUGUGUUUACAUUCAUUUUGUUUGUUUGUUUUCAUGACUUUAUAAUUAUUAUAUGUAAAAGUGAAACUGCCAACGAAUCACAACAUUUCAUUUAUUCAUCUUUUUUUAUAUAUUUGUUUAUUGUGUCUCAAGGAAACGGGUCCUCGUGUCGAGAGAACUUACAGCAUUGUUUGUAAUAAAACCUUUUUUCUCUGUAUUUUUAAAA